AUAAUUAUGAGCUGAUGCUCUGAGCAGUCAGAUGUUAAUCUACUCCUACAUAUGAAAACAAAGAGUGUGUUUCUACAAACACAGACCACAUCAGCUCGGACACACACAGAACCACGUCUCUGACACAGAAGGAUCCAAAAACUGCUCCUCUCCAAAGUUGCCCUGAACCUCAUUUUGGAUAAACAAAUAGGAGACAAAUUUUCUUUAAUACAAAUAAAUACAUUCCUGAAACCCGAAGCACCUAACGGCACUUCUUAAUUCUCCAGCAGUCAUGGCAAACACUGGCCUUCAGGUGAUGGGUCUGGUGCUGGGCGUGGCCGGCUGGGCAUUUGGGAUUCUGGUGUGUGCCACCCCCUGGUGGCGUGUGUCAGCAUUUGUAGGCGAUGAGCUGGUGGUUUCUCAGGUGCUGUGGGAGGGGCUCUGGAUGACCUGCCUGUCACAGUGGGGGCGUCUGCAAUGCAAAGUCUACGACUCCGGCCUCGCCCUCACAGGCUCCACCCAGACGUGCCGCGCCCUCUGCGUGUUGUCCCUCCUCCUCUGUUUGUUUGCCGUCCCACUCUGCGUGGUGGGUCUGAAGUGUACACGCUGUCUGGGUGAUGCUCAUGAGUCUAAAACUCGGCUGGUGAGGGCAGGGGCGAUACUUUUCCUCCUGGCUGCGUUUUUUUUCCUUUUACCGGUGUGCUGGACUGCAUAUGUGGUGAUACGAGAUUUCUACGACCCGAAUGUCGCCGCCCCGCUUAAACGUGAACUGGGACCCGCCCUCUAUCUGGGAUGGGGUGUGACUGUGCUGAUGCUGGUGGGCGGGGCUGUUUCAUAUCUAGGCUCCGCCUCCCCUGGGGUUCCAGCCAUGCCUGUUUUUGGAAGACGGGGGAAAGUGAACCCUCCUCCCACGACCACAGAGAGUAAACCGGAGAAGGUGUUUGUGUAAAGGAGCAUUUGAGGACUUCAUCCUGGCAUAUCUUAAAAGAUUUAAUCUGCAGAUAUUAAGAGAUAAAUGAUUUCUGGACGGCCCAUAAAACCCAAAAAUGAAAAUUCUGUCAUUAUGUACUUACUUACAAGUUACAAACACUUUUUCUUUUGGAUAACAUGGAUGUUUCAUUCUCAAUAAGACCAGAAACAUGCAUUAAGAAAGUAAACAGGGUCCAUUUUGAUUUCAUGUUGACUUUAAGGUCUGUAAUUUGUUUCCUCUGAAUUUGAUUUUAUUAUUCGUCUCACAUGUUGUUUUUUCUUUAUUUGCUUUUGUCAGUGCUCAAUAUAAUUAAUACUUUCAUAUUAUCUUGUAAUUGUGAAAUAUUUAUUUAUUGAUGUGUUAUAUUCUACAUGUGUCUAAUAAACCUAAUGUAAUCGUUUAUUUUGCAUGUGUUUACGUGUGUUGACUGUACAUGCAUGCCUGGUAUGUAAGUGUGUGUAAUGCGUUGGCAGUAAUCACACAACACAAUAGCAGAAUACAGGACAGGGACAAUAAACAGUGUGUCUACUGUGUUCCAGAAUCCCAUGACGUCAUAAUGCUGGAGGAAGUGGAGAAUAUGGUUGAGUUCCAUUAAUCCUCUUUAUAACCAUUGCAUGAAAACAGUCAUCACAGGUUUUUUUAUUGAGAUGCUUUUAUCCAAAGUGACUACACUGCAUUCGACGUACGUUGUAUACCUUUAUAUACCAGUAUAUACCAGUAUAAGUGUGUUGCCGGGGAUUCUAACCCAUUAGUUUGUGUUGCUAAUGAAAUGCUCAUUUGUGAUGCUAGGGGUUUGACACCAGAACUUAAGCCUUAAGCUGGUGGCUGCUAUCCUAGCAAUAAUUUUUACGUAUUUGCGCACAUGUAAGAAAA